UGGAUUCGAACACCGUGGUUCACGACUGUUCCUCCUGUUCUCGUUUAGUUCGAGCGAUUUCACAUUGCAUUUGUAACUUUCUUACCGGUCCAGCUUACUGAAAUCUCUUGAAAGGAUUUUGUUUCGCUUUUAUUGGACUAAUAUCGUUAGGUGUAAGGGAGAAAGAUGAGCGAAUUAACCGAGAUACCGUCCUUUUACAAAGGAAAGAACAUUUUUGUAACCGGGGGAACCGGUUUGAUGGGAAAAGUGCUCAUUGAAAAGUUACUUUACAGCUGCAGCGAUUUAAACAAAAUUUAUGUUCUAGUACGUCCGAAAAGAGGUCGUACUCCGGAAAUACGUAUCGACGAAAUGUUCAAAUUGCCCAUGUUUCAAAGAGUACGGAAACAAAAACCACAGGUGUUGAAAAAAGUCGUUGCUUUAAAUGGAGACGUGAGCGUGGAGAAUUUAGGCCUGACUUCGCAGCAACUGGAAACGUUGAUGAAUGAAAUCGACGUAGUAUUUCAUUUAGCUGCCACGCUUAGAUUGGAAUCCAAGUUGAAGGACGCUAUCGAAAUGAACACGAUUGGGACGAAAAGGGUGUUAGAAUUGGCUAAGAAUAUGAAGAAACUGCAGGCAUUUGUGUACUUGAGCACGGCUUUCUGUUACCCGGACAAAGAGGAACUCGAUGAAAAAGUGUACGAUGCACCCGUUGAUCCUCAUGACGUUAUAAGACUGGUUCAGUGGCUAGACGAAGGUGCCAUCGACCUCGUUACACCCAAGUUAUUGGGUCUCCAUCCGAAUACUUACACGUACUCGAAGAGAUUGGCCGAGAAACUGGUAGCAGAUGAAUACCCAAAUUUACCUUGCAGCAUCGCUAGACCAUCGAUCGUGACUCCAGCCUUUGCAGAACCACUACCUGGAUGGGUGGACAAUCUAAAUGGACCCGUGGGCCUUAUGGUAGGUGCGGGGAAAGGCGUUAUAAGGUCGAUGCACUGUAUUGGAAACUAUCAUGCCGAAGUAAUACCCGUCGACCUAGCUAUCAACGCUUUGAUAGCAAUUGCGUAUAGGACAGUUAUAAUGAAAAAGAAUGCAGCUGUGCCAGUGUACAAUAUUACGCAGAGUGGCGUGUUACCCAUUACUUGGGGCGAAGUAUUGGGAAAAGGCAAGAAGAUCGCUUACCAGUAUCCUUUUGAAGGACAGAUUUGGUAUCCCUCUGGUGACAUACAUAGCAGCAAAUUCGUGCACAACAUGAUCGUCUUCUUUUUCCAUAUCAUACCAGCUUACUUUAUCGAUUUUCUCAUGUUGAUAUUCCGGCAGAAGAGAUUUAUGGUUCGUAUCCAAAAUCGCAUUUCGGUAGGGCUCGAGGUCUUGCAGUACUUCACUACGAGGGAAUGGGUGUUCCAUAACACGAAUUUGUUGAUAAUGUGGGGCGAAAUGAAUCCGAAAGAUAAGGAGAUUUUCCCAAUUGAUUUUCUCUGUAUCGACGAAACCGAAUACAUGAAAACGUGCGUUUUGGGCGCCCGACAAUAUUGCAUGAAAGAAAAUUUGUCCACUUUGCCGAAAGCUCGAAGACACCAAGCGAUAAUGUACGUCGUUCACUUAAUCGCUGUCUACCUAUUUUACUUCGGGGUGCUCUACUUGAUUUUGAAAAACUUUGAGAUUGCGAGACAUGGUCUGGAUUAUGUUACGGAUCAAAUGAAAUCUCUGCCAAUUUUGAGCAGAUUUAUUAAAAAAACACGUUAACAAUAACCUAACC